CCUCCACAGAACACACGCACUCAUACACACACAGUGCAGCCCAUUAAAAUUGAGCUAAAAAAGCUUCCAAAUUCACUAGCAAAAUCUCGUUUUACUGGUUUUUGUAUAUUUUUUUUUUCCCAAAAACUACGAAGAGGAAGCGAAGUAUUUCAGCAAUGGCUUUCUCCGUUAGCUCCGCCGUCCACAGCUCGUCUGUAUCCUCUCCGUUCGAGCAGCAAAUCAGAGGUGCUCAAUUGGGGUUGUUUCAGCCGUUGGAUCGGCCCCAUUUCCAACCGAAGGCGGCGAACUUGUGCCGGCGGCGUUGCGCCGUGGCUCCGCUGCACGCGGCGGAGCAGAAGCGGAGCGAUUCGAUUGUACCGUCCGCUGCUACCUUGUUCGCUCCAGAGGUAGUUGAGAAAGUGGAAACAGAGGAUUAUGUAAAAUUGGCAGAUGAGCUUGAAAAUGCUUCCCCUCUUGAGAUAAUGGAUAAGGCCCUCGAGAUGUUUGGGAACGAUAUUGCAAUUGCCUUUAGUGGAGCAGAAGAUGUAGCUUUAAUCGAGUACGCGCACCUAACCGGACGCCCCUUUAGAGUCUUCAGCCUCGACACAGGCCGCCUAAACCCCGAAACCUACAAACUCUUCGACUCAGUCGAGAAGCACUACAACAUCCGAAUCGAGUACACUUUUCCGGAAUCUUCCGAAGUCGAGUCCCUCGUUCGCAGCAAGGGCCUUUUCUCCUUCUAUUUGGACGGCCACCAAGAGUGCUGCAGCGUGCGUAAGGUCCGCCCACUGAGACGGGCCCUCCGUGGCCUCCGGGCUUGGAUUACGGGCCAGCGCAAAGACCAGUCCCCGGGCACCCGUUCCCAAAUACCCACCGUUCAAUUGGACCCGGCCUUCGUGGGCCUCGAUGGCGGGCCCGGAAGCCUCGUCAAGUGGAACCCACUUGCAAACGUGAGUGGAAACGACGUCUGGAAUUUUUUACGUGCCAUGAACGUGCCCGUCAAUUCCUUACACGCGAAGGGGUACGUCUCGAUCGGUUGCGAGCCUUGCACGAGGCCUGUUUUGCCAGGUCAGCACGAGCGGGAGGGUAGGUGGUGGUGGGAGGAUGCUAAGGCCAAGGAGUGUGGGCUCCACAAGGGCAACAUCAAGGAAGAAGAAAAGAGUUUGAAUUUGAAAAGUGGGCCCCACGCGAACGGGCCUGAUCUUUUUAAGAGCAAGAAUGUGGUUAGUUUGGGCCGGCCCGGAAUGGAGAAUCUUUUGAGAAUGGAGAAUAGGAGGGAGGCUUGGGUGGUUGUGAUGUACGCGCCGUGGUGCGGGUUUUGCCGGGCGAUGGAAGGGUCGUAUGAUGAGGUGGCGGGGAGAUUGGUGGGGUCGGGAGUUAGGGUGGGGAAGUUUCGGGCGGAUGGGGAGGAGGAGAAAGGGUUUGCGAAAGGGAAGCUCGGGCUCGGGAGUUUCCCAACGAUUGUUUUCUUUCCCAAGCACACGUCGAGGCCCGUUAAGUAUUCGUCGGAGAAGAGGGAUGUCGACUCGUUGAUGGCGUUUGUGAAGGCUCUUUUGUGAGAGAGUCGGAGAUUUGAAGAGAUUGUAAUUUUGUGUUGUUUGGGAAUUGGGAUUGGGAUAGGGUUUUGGGUCGUAUGAGCUCAAGCCUUUAAUAAGUCGAGCCAAACUUGUCUCUUUAGAUAAAAGAGACAGAAGUCGAGUUCGAGUUCGACUCGUUUAUUACUAUUAACGAGUCGGUUUUCGAGAUUUUCACGAGUUGAACUAUAAAAAAAUUAUAUAAAAUUCUCUUUUUGGGUGGGUGUUAACGAGCUUUAUCGAGUCGAUCUCGAAACCAAACGGGCUUUAAAUGAGCUCGACUUAUUAUAUCAUUUUUUAGUAAAGUUAUUUUUGAGUAAAGUUUUGGCUUUUGAACUUGACUCAAUAUCUCGAUUUGUACAAACAUAUAACAAAAAUGCCAACAUGUGGCAACGAUCACAAUGAAAAAUUAGGACGGUACUAUAUGUUUAGAAAACAUGAUAUCAAGACAAUUAAACGAUUAGUA